GUCCGGCUUUUACCUUUCUCCUUCGGCUUCCCUGCGCGUAGGGCUGGUAGCUGGCUGUUUCCUGGUCUCGCAGAAAGAGGCAGUGCUGAGUUAGGAAGACAAAAAUAGACCUUUACAGAGAAAUAUAGGGAUUGUGUGCCUGGUGAGGAGGAGAGAGGAGAGCGGCACCCGGCUGGUUUCCAGGAGGAGCCCUUUUUUUCCCUCUCGUUGCAUGUUAGGCAUUUUUGCACAGAUUUCUCCCCCCUAACCCCUCCCCGCCGGGGCACGGUUACCUCUGUCGCCUGCGCUCCGCAUCUCUUCUGGGGAGCGAGCAAACCAACUCCGCUGCGAUCAGAGAGCGGCUAGAGACCAUUUUAUGUGAGCAAGCCGGGGGGAAAGAAGAGAAGAGAAACCGGCGCGGGGACACACGGAUAUAAAGACUUGUCUUCUGCCUCCCCGCCCCCCUACCCCCCACCCCCCCCCCCCGCCCUCCUUCUCCCCUGUGUAAAUACAAAAUCUGUAAAGGCAACGGUUUGACAUCCAUCCUAAGCAGCGGCUAUGGGGUGUUUGGGCAACAGCAAAACGGAGGAUCAGCGUAUCGAUGAGAAAGCGCAGCGAGAAGCCAACAAAAAAAUAGAGAAGCAGUUGCAGAAAGAGAGGCUGGCUUAUAAAGCGACACACCGCUUGCUCCUGCUGGGAGCUGGUGAGUCAGGAAAAAGCACUAUUGUGAAACAAAUGCGAAUCCUACAUGUCAAUGGAUUUAAUUCAGAAGAAAAGAAACAGAAAAUACUGGAUAUUCGGAAAAACGUUAAAGAUGCAAUUGUGACUAUAGUUUCAGCUAUGAGCACUUUAAUACCCCCAGUUCCACUGGCUAACCCAGAAAACCAAUUUCGAAUGGACUACAUCAAGAGUAUAGCUCCUCUUUCUGACUUUGACUAUACACAGGAAUUCUUUGAACAUGCAAAAAAGCUCUGGGAUGAUGAAGGCGUAAAGGCAUGCUUCGAGAGGUCAAACGAGUAUCAACUGAUUGACUGUGCACAGUACUUUUUAGAAAGAAUUGACAGCGUCAGCAUGGAUGACUACACACCUACAGAUCAGGACCUAUUAAGAUGCAGAGUGUUGACAUCAGGGAUUUUUGAAACAAGAUUUCAAGUAGAUAAAGUAAAUUUCCACAUGUUUGAUGUAGGUGGCCAGAGAGAUGAGAGAAGAAAAUGGAUCCAAUGCUUUAAUGAUGUCACGGCUAUCAUCUUCGUUGUGGCUUGCAGUAGCUACAACAUGGUAAUAAGGGAAGACAAUAACACAAACAGACUACGGGAAUCCCUGGACCUUUUCAAAAGUAUCUGGAAUAAUAGGUGGUUACGGACCAUUUCUAUCAUUUUGUUCUUGAAUAAACAGGACAUGCUGGCUGAAAAAGUCUUGGCAGGGAAGUCAAAAAUUGAGGAUUACUUUCCUGAAUACGCGCAUUAUACUGUACCUGAGGAUGCAACACCAGAUGCAGGAGAAGACCCCAAAGUCACAAGAGCCAAGUUCUUCAUCCGGGAUGAGUUUUUAAGGAUAAGCACGGCGAGCGGGGACGGCCGGCAUUACUGCUACCCACACUUUACGUGUGCAGUGGACACAGAAAAUAUCCGCAGAGUGUUCAACGACUGUCGAGAUAUCAUUCAAAGGAUGCAUCUCCGCCAGUACGAACUCUUGUGAGGGGGAUCACCGUGGAACCUGUGGUUUUAAAUUCUUUGCUCCUUACUCUUUCUCUUGAUGCUACCCCACACAGGGUGGAAGAAUAUACUAUAGAAAUGUCAGUCUCUUCACUUUGUUUACUUUAAUUAUUUAACCUUAAAGCUGAUUUGAAGCGAGUUGGGGUUGUUUUUCCUUCAUGCUUUUGGGACUAUUUUUGUGCUUUAUUUUGACAUGCCACUUCUUUGUCAUUCCACUAAGCCCUUUGGCUACCUCUGUUCCCGUAGGUUUUGUUUUUCUAACCGAACGUGGCCUGCUAAAUUUUUUCCAGCAGGUUACCGUCGGCUCAAACUGGUAUGUCAGCCGGAUGACACUAAAGUCGUACCCGUCCCUCUGUGUGGGUUUCCUUUUUAACAUGACAUUGAAGAGUACUUGAUGGGUGAAAAAAAAAGAUUAAUGCACUUUGUAUCAGGUUAUUAAAUACUGUUGAGGAAGUAGACACACAAUGUAGCAGCACCACAAUAUUUAUUACUCUGUCACAGUUUUUAAGCAUUUCUGAGUUGCAGGUCAACUGAUAAAGUGACCUCCUCUUUUAAGCCGUUACAGGCACAGGAAGUAGAGUAGAUAACGAGAGGAACGGUGAAGACAAAGCAAUUUUUCUGGGGUUUUGGAGCUAAGCGUCUCUGCACACCUCAGGCAAUUGAAUUACAGCUACUUUUCAGCCUGUUACAUCUAGGCAGAGAAUUUACCACCCUCACUUACGUUGUUUGUGCUGUCCACAAAUGAUCCUUUUAGUUCCGAUCAUUCUUGGACAACAGUCCUCUCCCUAUAUAUAUUUUUUUGUUUUACUGCUGGUUUAUUAUAUUGUACAGACUGUAAAAUGUAAUAUUAUUUUGUACAACUUUAUUGAAGAAAAAUACUUGUAGAAGAUCUUUGUGCCUUGAUUAUGGCUGUACCUGUAAAAUGAGCUAAGAUGUAAGUAUGUUUUUGAUUGCGCUGUACAGCUUGAUGUCAACCUUACCUGCAGCAGUGACUGGAGGUAAGAACUUUAUCUGUAGAGUUUAGGGGUUUUUUUCUGGUUUAUAUAAAAAUGCUCUUUAGUAUAAAAAUUAUAAAUUAUGCAAAUUAACCACUUACCUUUCCAAGUAAGGUAUUACAGUCACCGGAUGUUGCAGCAAACAUGCCUUUCUCUUUUGAAGUCUCAGCUUUAAAACAUUGGAAUUCAUUCAAGUGUCCAAAUCGCAACCUGGUGUUGUUUUAAUGGGAACCAAGGAGUUGGUUUUAUUAUUAUUAUUUUAUUUUCCUUUCUAUUUAGAAGAUAUGUUUGGUAAUUCUUUGGUCACUCAUAGAACUUCACAAUUGCACAGACCGAUUGUGAACGUGUGAAGCACCAUUCUAUAGAGCUCUUCAAUCUUUGUACCAACAGCGGCUUUCGUUGUGCAAGUAAAUAGCGAGAAAGAAGGGAAAAAAAAGAGGAAAAAAUACCAAAAAAAGGUGUAAAAACCCUUGUGUCUGGCCUGAGAGAAUUACAAGAUGACAUUUUUAUUUCUCUUUUAAUAAAGAGACACAUUAGAAAAUUGUUUUAUUUUAAAUAUUGUAGAAUCAAAACGUGUGAAUAUUUCUCAAACUUGAAUAAUUUAUGCAAAUGACAUUCUCGAAACAAGUUGUGGUACAGUACAAUAUAUAAAAAGCAAGAAUUGCUGUAGCAAUAAGGCAUGUCCUUUUUAGUAACUAUAACACUGCUUUAUAUUUUAUACAUAGGUGUUUUAUGUCUGUGACUAUAUACUUUUCCUGUGUCCAAGAUAACCUGUACAAAUGUCUACAAUUACAGUUGCAAUAACAGAAACCUAGAGAAGCGUUAGACUACAUUACUUUACAGAGUGUUUUGUCACACUUCGGACCUUUCUUCCCACUUCAUUUUAAAUUUAGGGAGAGAUAAAGACCUAACACAUUAUUCCUCACAUUGGCAUAUAAAUCAGUAGGUUUGAUUAACUUUUCCCUGUAAGCAUCUUCAUUAGUUACAAAGCCCAGUCAGUCAUCUUUCUAAAUUCAGACUACAGACGAGUUGAGAAUUUGUUUCUAUUUGAUGAUAAACAGUCCCGUUGUUGAGACUAUAAUAUGGCCGUUUCCUCUUCCCAGAAAUGCCUAUACCCUGCUAGAGCUGUACGUUCAAUUAGUCAGCAGAUACUUCCCAGAACGGCAAAGGCUGGGUGGAAUAAGGUAAUAAUAAACAAAACUCCCGAACAACGCAAAGAUUCUCUUGCUUCCCGUGCCAAAGACAGUAGCGGAGCAAACGACAAAAGAUAAGGCUUUUGUAGAAAGCACGGCCCCCAGCCCAGGAGUUGGGGUUAGAGCUCCCAGCCUCUGCAGGAAUGUCAACAGGAAAACUGGUCCUGGUGUGAAAUAGUCCCUCUGGUUUUUGUGGGGCAGGUGAGGAGAAGCAUUAGGUCUGUCGUAUCUUCCCCUCGUAAGCAGCACACAGAGGCAUCGAGCUCAGAUUGGACCUUCUCAGUGCUGCCGGCCCAGCGGGGGCCCAUGGCCUGGCUCUGGCUCUGCGGCCCAGCUCUGGCUCUGCGGCCUCCACCUCCCCACAGAGGAGACGGUGCUGUUCAAAACAUGACUCCACAAUACAGUUCACAGAACUUGGCAGCCCUGCAGGAACCUACAAUGAGGCACAUUCCCAUCCCCAUCUGUCCGCACACUGAGGGCCGAGGCGUUAGGAUAAUGUUACUGCAGCUGUAUUUGACCUUCCUUCUCGCAACCGGAGGGCCCCUCGCCACACACAUCUCUGGGAUGCCAGAGGGCCCUCAUUUCUUAAGCUCAUCAUAGCACAUCUUUCUAAAAAUAGCAGCAUGAGGUGUCCCCUUAAUUUUUUUUUCAGCAAGUUUUAAGUGUGUCUCAGCCAACUGGAUCCACGAGCUUCUUCCCUUUGUUUGGUAGACGCUAACUGCAAAGUGUAGUCAGCUAACUAUUCAACGUGUUCAGGAACUGGAAGAUUCCUUGUCCCAAACCACAGUCCCUUAACAUACGACACCCUAAAAAGGUUACGGAAGUGCACAUCUCUCAGUGCUGAUGUGUCUAGUUUCUGCCUGACCCUAACACACAGAAGUAUGACAUGAGAAGGGCCAUGCAGCAAUAAAACAGAGAAAUGUUUCCAGUUUGCAGGACUGAGCCUCCACCGGGGUAAGACACUAGUGCAGAUAAGUGAUGAGGCUAGAAGAUUUACAUAAUGUACAGUUACACUUUUAAUAUACAUAUUUGAUACAAAAAUUAUAGCAGGAAAAGGACUCAUUUGAUUGUAGAAUACAGUAUUUUUGUACAGCAUGAAACGUUCAUUUCAGUUAAUUAUUUAUCCUGUAGUAGUCAUAUCAGCUGUAUAGGACUUCUAUAGUAUGUGUAAAUGCAACCUGCCUUCAGACUAGCAAUCAAAUUAGGUCAUUUGCUGGCAUGAAUAUAGUCUGAUGUUUGACUGUUCUCAGCUUUGGUAUUUCAGUGACUGAAUGCAGAUGUCUGGCUCUUCAUACUGCUUUACGCUUACUGAUUAAACGCUGAGCAAAAUAAAAUGGUGAAGUGAGAAGCUGAAAAUGAGCUAGUAUCAGGAUUACAAGCAGAGCACCUGCUGCACAGUAUAUAGUAAAGACUCUGCUCUCAUACGGAAGGAAGCAUUUUUGGAGGGAGAAGUCAGUUGGUGUUAUGCUGCCCUGGAAAAGAAAUGAAGACCGUCACUUUGCUGUUACAGUGGGUUCUGAAUCGGGAGUGAACACCACGACCGUCAGAUCUCCAAAUUCUAAAUUCUAUGUUGGGUUGCAAGGGUUGGGCCAGUUUCCUAGUACCAGUGCCUUCUCCAGGAGGCUGAAGAGUCUGUACCUUGCAGUGCUGGGCACUAACUGGAAUAGUCACCAGGUCAACAUUAGCCCAGAGGCCAAUCUUCCCUCUAGUCCAUCUAGCAUAAAUAGAGAGCUGGGCUCCUCAUCUGAUCUGCCUUCAAGAGAAGCCCGACUUUAGCUGCUGUAAAUCCACCCGGAGGCAGCCUUCCCAGGCUAAAGUUAGGUUUCGUGAAUGUGCCCCUUGCUCCCCCCAAACCCCCCUCCUACCCAGCACAUGCUGCAAAAAAACACGUUGGCUAAUCCAAAUCUGAAGGUGAACUUUGUUCAACAACAAAGAACUUCUCUGGGUUUUGGCUUGACUUUGCAGUUCAAAUUAAAGUUUACAACAGGUUGAGGCCAAGUUCUGACAGUUGUGAGGACAAUGCAACUUUAAGUAGCCAACCUCUUGUUUUGCAGUCAAGAUGCACUGCCUGGCGAGUGCAGAGAGCGUGUGUAGUUUGAAGGCAGCUACUCUCAGGAAUAUGGGAUAAACAGAACUACUUUCAACAUGAAAUAUUAACAGUUGCAUAAAAAUGAAUUUAGAAGUUUGGGGUUAUCUGUGUAUUAAGCAGCCUAAACUCAACAGCAGUACAGAACACGUGAAAGCUUUCCAACCCCCAAGUCUCAGACUACGCUGUCAACAGGCUGUAAGUUUUUGCUUCUUGCUCUAGGUUUCUAGGAGUUCCGUUUUCUUUUUGAACCGGGGAACUAAUUAAUUGAUUUACCUCUGAGGACAUACUGAGCACUGGAACUGCCUGCGAGAGCAUAAGCAACACACUCCAUAUCAAAUGUGAAUUGGACCCGAGGAGGCAGACUGGUGGCACGUGGCGAACGUUUCCACCGUGGGAAGCAGUUUAAGGCACAAGUUUGAAAACCACGAUCACCACGCAAAAGAGCUUGAGGUGGACACGGUCUCGUUUUCAUAGUUGGUAAACCAACCAAGCCAAACUAGUCUUUCUACUGUUCAGUGCACAAUACUGAUUAUUUUUACAAGUCAAUAGUUUACAAUGCACCCUCUUUAUAAGAAAAUGUUAGAUGCUUGUACCCAGAUACUAAUUAGAUCUUUAACAGCAUUGCUUUGUACCACACAGAACACGUGGCUCCCACAGAUGUACUUUAUCGAGUGGAUGCAGUGUACUGAGUGGGUUGGGUGGGUAGGCAAUCUUUUCUAUUUUUUGAUUUCACAGGUAGAAUCAGUUUUAAAAUCUAGCUGACUGCCAUGUUGAUUUAUUUAUGAAAGUUAUCUGACAAAAAUAAAACACAGUUAAAACUCACCAUGAUGAAACUAGGGUUGUUUCUGUUCCUCCAACUGAACGAUGGGACGCUGAUCUCUGGGAUCUUCCCCGCGUGCAGCACUUCACAAGCACUAUGUGUGUGCCCACUGAGAAUCAAACGGGGACGAAACCACCACAGCAGCUGGAGCGCAAAAGGGUAACGCACACAAAUUAAGGCACAACUGAAAAAGAAGUUGAACUUAAAACUCUUUUUUUGUUGUUGUU